AUGAAAUUCUCGGAAAUCUCGGGACGAGGCACAGGCAAACAAAUGAAGGAUUCGGGGACUACGAUGGACUCGGAAACCAUCAUUGCAGUCAAAGACUAUGUCACCACUUGCCACAUCUCAUCGGCUUCAUUCGCUGCGCUUAAUUCAUUGGAAGAUCCAGCUGGACAGUGGAUAAAUUUGACUAAUCAGCCGUCCUCACAACACGCCAAACGCUGUCAUCCUCAGUGA